AUGUUUAAGAAAAUCACAUUCGCAAAGAAACAUGAAAAAUUUGUUCCUUAUGACAAAUAUCAUAGCAAGUUAACCACUCUCAAAAACUUAAGAACAACUUAUCAUAGAUUACUAAAAUCACAUACAAAAUUAAAAAAAAAAAUUGAAAAAUAUGAACACAUCCUCAUCUCCAUCACCAAUAUCUUUAAGGAUGAAUCAUCAAUCAUUAACAAUGAAUUAACCUCUCAACAUGAUCCUGCUGAAACCGUUGAAGAUAUACGCAACUCUAAUGAAUCAAUUCACAUCGAAGAUAAAUCAACUCAAUAUAUCGAAACUAAUGAUAAAGAAAAUAAUACCAAUGAAUCUACUCAACAUAAUAUCAGUGAAGCGAUUUAUAUUACAGAUGAUGAAUCUAUUCAAUCUAAUAUUAACGAAAUGAUAUAUAACACAGAUAAAUCAAUCCAAUCUAAAGAUGAGAUAAAGUAUAUCAACAACCCAAUUCAACUUGUAACUGAUGAUGAAAAUUAUAUUGAUGAAUCUAUUAAUAGAUUGAUUCAUAAUACAGAGAAACCAACACACACUGAUUUCACAGAGACUAAUAUGAUAAAAUAUACCAAUGAAUCAAUUCAAAGUAAUCUCAACUUUAAUAAUGAAUCAAUUCAAUCAGACCCUACUAAAUUGUAUAAAAUAAAUAACAUUCAUAAUAACUAUAUUAAUCAACAAAAUAUCACAGAGCUCUUUGACAUUUACGGAAAUAUACUGUAUAUUAUAUCAAUAAUCAAUAAGAAUCAAUGA